AUGGCUUUGUUAAUCGCCAAAAUUGCCGCUUUUGGGCCAAACAAUGAGUAUUUGAUGACAAUUAAUCUACGACAAACUACCGCAAAAGGUAAUCUCAUUGCUUACGCAAAUAAACAACGAGAACUUGUCAUUGAUAACCUUGUCACGCAACAUUGGAAUUACAAUCUGGAAAUCUGUGCUGCAUUUGAAAUGAUGAAGGAACGUGUGUUAAACAUUCCUCGAACUACAAAAGAAUUAAUUGAGUUAGGACGAUAUAUGUUGACAGCGACAUCCACAAUAAUGAUGGAUUUACAGGAAAAAAUAAUUCUUUCGGUUCGUAUGAUGAGUUCAUUAAUUGGAAUGACUACACUGGGAAAACAUCAUAUUGAAUUGAACAAUACAACAAUUCAAUGGUUAAGACGUAUCAAGCCGAUCAUAGAUCGCAGCUCCGCAUUAUAUGAACAAAUGAAGUUCGAAUUAGAAGAAAAGCUUCAAGAAGAAGUUGCUAUUUUGAACACAUGCGUUGAGGAAAUGUUUCCUAGAUUGAUAAUAAUGAACAACAUGGAUGAUGUAAAACACAUAAAGGAGUACAUAGAGGAUAUACGCAAGAUAGUACAACAAUUGGAACGCAUGGAGCAGAAAGCCAAGUGGAUAAAUGCUGAAGAGGCAUUGUUUCAAUUUCCUUUAACCUUGUACCCACGUAUUAAGGAAUUGAGAGACCAUAUUUCACCAUUUUAUGCCCUUAUUUAUCGAGGCUAUCAAUGGCAAAGGGAUCGAAGAGUUUGGUUGGAUGGUCCCUUCGAGUAUCUUGACGUUCAAUACAUUGAAAACAACCUUGAUCAAUACUUAAUCGACUUCAACAACAUCAAUAAACAGUACAAGACAAGAAUUAAGAUGCAACUCGCGAUUAAUUAUCCAUACAGUUUUGCAGGAUUGGUAGAUGAUCCAGAUCCUUUGCUGCAACCAGCACCUAUGAAAUUAUGUCACCAACUGAUAGAAGAUGUGAAUUGGUUUAAGCAAUACGUUCCAUUAUUAUCCGUCUUUUGCAAUUCAGCAAUGGAACAAAUUCAUUGGGACAAUAUGUCGCUCAUCGCAGAAUACGAUGUAACACCGGAUGCUGGCACGACAUUGAGAAAAAUAAUCAAUUUGAACUUAAUGAUGGAUUUAGAAGAGUAA